UCCGAGUGAUGGGAUAUAUAGGCCGGCGCCCCGGCCGCUGCACGCAACAGUCACCGUUGAGCACGAGCGUCGCAAGUUUGGACAAAGUCCCGCCACCAGAGAUUCCUUUUUUUCCCGCCGGGUGCUUGUCGCAGAAGGGGACCAUGGUCAUGUUGAAGAUCUCCGCUUUCCUCGUCGCCUACGCCCUGGUCAUUUGCCAGAUGUACUGCUCACAAGCCGCCCCCGCCAGACCGGGUUUGGAAUCCAUGUCGGACCGAGUGACGCUCACGGACUACGAGGCGCGGCGGUUACUCAACGCCAUCGUGAAGGAGUUCGUGCAGAUGACGGCGGAGGAGAUGGAGGCGCAGGCCACCGAAGGGAACAGCAUGGACAGACCCCUAACCAAGCGCUGCUCCAACCUCAGCACCUGCGUGCUGGGCAAACUGUCUCAGGAGCUGCACAAGUUGCAGACGUUCCCUCGCACCAACGUGGGAGCGAGCACGCCCGGCAAGAAGCGCUUUGCAGGCUACGGCGAGGCGUUCCAGACCAUCUAACCCCCCCGCCCGCCCCUGCCUGACCCCAUUUCCCUCCUGCACCCCCCGCCUCGUCAUUGUCUACCAUUAGGCCUCAUUGGCAAGUGCAUGUUGGCAUGAGCCCUUAAAA